GAUUAUUUAGCAUCCUCUCGAGCAGAGUAAUCUUGCUGAAGUGUUCGGAGCUGGAUUUCUUUUCCCUUCUCUGACUCCGGGUAUUUUUAAAUGUCCGGGUUUCAGGAUCUUUCAGUUUUUCCCAUGGAGGUCGUUUUAUCAGAUAAAGAAGAGGUUUCUUCCGAGCAGCAGGAGAGGAGCUCCAGUCUGAACCAGUUAACCGACCUUAUACAGAUAAAAGAGGAACCAGAGGAACUGUGGAGCAGUCAGGAGGGAGAGCAGUUUCAAGAGCCAGAGGAGGGUGAUAUCAUCAAGUUCACUUUUUUCCCUGUCCCUGUGAAAGGUGAAGAUGAUGGGGAGAUACCUCAGUCCUCACAGUUUCAACCUGAGCAGAUGGAAACAAAAGUUGAUCAAGAGGAGCAUAAUAAGCCAGAAACAGCCAGGUACUUUGAUACAAAUAUCAAUUUAGAAGCAGAGACUGAGUUCAAGAUUGAAGACUACUCUGGAGCUGACACUGAUGACAGCGCUGAUUGGAGGGGGACAACAGAACAGCAGUCUGAUUCAAGCUCAGUCAACGACAUAAAAAAUGAGAGAACAAAGAAUGUAAAUAAUUCACAUUGCUGCACUGAGUGUGGUAAAAGAUUCAAGAAGAAAUGUCAUCUUACAGAUCAUGUGAGAAUUCACACAAAAGAGAAACCCUUCAGCUGCUCACAAUGUGGUAAAUUAUUUACCCAGCAAAGAAAUAUGACCAAACACAUGAAAAUCCACUUAGAGGAGAAACCCUUCACUUGCUCUGAGUGUGGUCAAAAAUUUACUGAGAAAUGUUACCUGACUUCACAUAUAAGAAUCCACUCAGGAGAGAAACCCUUCAUCUGCUCUUUCUGUGGUAAAAGAUUUAGCCAAAAAUAUUGCUAUACAGUUCAUAUGAGGAUUCACACAGGAGAGAAACCAUUUGGUUGCACUGUGUGUAGUCAAAAGUUUACUCGAAAAUGUGAUCUGACCCAACAUUCAAGAAUCCACUCGGGAGAGAAACCCUUUGGCUGCUCUGAGUGUGGUAAAAGAUUCAACCAAAAAUGUCAUCUCACCGAUCAUAUGAGAAUUCACACUGGAGAGAAACCCUUUAGCUGCUCUGAGUGCGGCAAAAGUUUUACCCAUAAUGGCAGUUUAAUCAAUCAUUUGUUUGUUCACACAGGAGAGAAACCAUUCAUCUGCUCCUUUUGUGGUAAAGGUUUUAACAAUAAUGGUAGUCUAACCAAGCAUCUGUUAAUUCACACAGGAGAGAAACCCUUUGGCUGCUCUGAGUGUGGUAAAAGAUUUAACAAAAAAUACAGCCUUACAGGUCAUAUGAGAGUUCACACAGGAGAGCAACCCUUCAGCUGUGCUCAUUGUGGUAAAAGAUUUGCCCAUAAAGAAAAUAUGACCAAACACAUGAAAAUCCACUCAGGAUAGAAAUGUGUUGACUGUUAUGGAUGUGCAAAAAAAAAUUAACAGCUUAGGAAGUAUGACUAAGAUCAAAACUCUACUUGGAGGAGAAGCCUUUAAGCUGUUCUGGGUGCAGUAAAGGAUCUUUUUACAGAUCUUAAGAUGAUUCACACAAGAGAAAAAAAAUGAUCUAUAAUGAAAAUUUGCUAAAAGAAAAGAUCAUGUGACACUUCACAUGAUUAUGACGCAAUGUUUGUGAUUGAGCUUGCCUUGGUCAGGUUGAUUGAAAUAAAUGACCUGUUUUGGUGGGAAGGCUUUGGAAAUGUGUUUCAAAGAGAGGACAAACUUUUAUCUAAGUGAGGAGGCUGGGUUGACUCAUUUGCUAGUACGUCACAUGCUUGUGUAAGCUGUGAUUAGUUGAUCCAAGAAAAGAGAAAAAUAAAAGCAUUACUUAAAAAGUGAACAACCUAUAAAGUGAUUUAAAACACACACCCAUGUGCAGAAGUCUCUUCACGAGCUGAUAGUUCUAUCAUCAUAUGAUGAGCCUUUAAUCAGUAAUCGGCUACAUCAGUCUGACAUGGACUGAAAUGUCUGUAUUGAUAAAAUAUAUCUGUUCUGCCAACUAUAAUUCAAAAAGAACAUUCAGUCAUGACUCUUUCUUUGUUCUUUGUGGGCGAGUCUUUCCUUGCUCUACCCCUAAAUGUAUUUGCUUUUGUUUAUUUCCAAGCAUUUCUUAAUGUAAAUUAUCUUAAAAUGGGGUACUGGUAGAGCUUUCUAAGAGCCUCAUUUGAUUUGCAAAUAACGUUUGAACAAAAAUCAAGUCUUAUCUUUGAGGAGAGGAGACUCUGGACCCUAGUAUUUACUUAGUUAACCUUUUAAACUGGAAAAGCCAUGUUAUUUGUGCUCUGGUUUACUGUAAAUAUUGUGUUUUUAUCCUGACUCAGGGUUUUUGGUGUUGACCAUUAAAUUAAGUUUUAAUCAGGUAGUUUUGGAGAGCAUUAUUAGUAACAAGAUGUCACUGUAAUGUGAUAAUCACUCCUUCCAACUGAAAUCUAAGCUUGCUUGUGUAAUGCAUUAUAUCUGCUGUGUUCGAUAGGUCAGAUAUGAUUAAUAUAAGGUACAACUGUUUCCCAAUUAUGACUUGUUUUGACUUUGUUCUUUGAUGUUAUAUUCUUGGUUUUGAGCUGUUUCAGAGUCUGCUUUUCUCCCACUGGACUGCACCUAAAUGACAACAAACUUCAGGUUUAGUGGCCCUACCACUCCACCAUACUGUAAGGAGGUUUGCAGCUGCAUUUCAAACUUUUAUGCUUUAAGCA